AGUGUGACAGUCACACUGUUACUGUGACGUAUUGUUUGACUUAUUUCUGAAGUUAAAAAAUAAAUGGUAUGAAUCAUAUAUAAAUAAAUAAAUAUAGUGUACUUCUACGUUUAUUGUUUGUCGAAAUUUCAGCUAUAAUGGAAAAAAUUCCAGACCAACUCGGAUAUCUGAUAUUAACUGAGGACGGUGCAGUUUUAGAGUCUGGCGGUGAACUCGAAAACGACGAGCGUGUUGCAAUUAUUAUAACUGAUCUUAUCAGCCUCUCUCAUAGUAUUGAUCCAGUUGCGUUUGGUCCAGAUGAGAAAUUUAAAAAAAUAUCCAUAACAUAUGAUGAUCACUGGUUUGUCAUAUGCAUAUCAAACAAAAAGAUAUACGUUGUAAAGAGAAGCAUACAAUCAUCCCCGUCUGAAAGCAUUGCUGUAAAUGUUUGAUCACAAAAGUUGAGAUUAACAAAAUGGGUCGAAAUUUGUUAAUGAGUAGCCUUGAAAAUGCGUCAUUUAAUAUAUUAUUACAAAUUUUA